AUAUAAAAGAAUACACCGAAUGCCCAUAGGUCACCAACAAAAUAAUGCUUUAUGAAAAGUAUUUGAGUAUCUUGAGUUGAGUAGAUACAAAGGGUAGAGUGUGGGAGAGGGAUGGAUAUGGAAGGUGAAGGAGAAGACGUCAACAUGACACACACUGUGACUGACGCACACGACAGCCAAAUAGAAACAGAACUUGAUCACAUGAAGAAGCGGUCCAAAGAGAUGGAAGACGAAGCCGCCGCUCUCAAAGAGAUGCAAACCAAGGUUCAAAACGACAUGUCGUCGUUACAAGAUCCUGCUGCUGGAGCUACUUCUCAGGCAAAUAAAGAAGAAGUAGAUUCUCGAUCGGUCUUUGUUGGCAAUGUGGAUUAUUCCUGUACCCCUGAAGAAGUCCAGCAGCAUUUCCAGUCAUGUGGGACAGUGAAUAGAGUUACCAUUCGCACUGAUAAGUUCGGCCAACCAAAAGGUUAUGCAUAUGUGGAAUUUCUUGAACCACAGGCUGUUCAAGAAGCUCUUCUUCUGAAUGAAUCUGAACUUCAUGGCCGUCAAUUGAAAGUAACUGUUAAACGGACCAAUGUACCUGGAAUGAAGCAGUAUCAACCUCGCCGAGCCAACCCUAUCAUGCCAUAUCGAUCUAGGGCUCCAUUUAUACCUCCACCUUAUUUCUACGCUCCUUAUGGUUAUCGGAAGUUUCCGAGGUACAGAAUGCCAAUGCGCUAUGGUCCCUACUACUGAGGGCUCAAUUUUGUUUGACAGAGCUCUGGUUAGUGGAUACAUUCAAGAAAAUCCAGUUUUGGUCCUUUUUUUUUUUUUUCUUUAAUGGAAGGUGAUGUUUUGGGAAGAUGAGAUUUAGGUUUGUUGAUGGCAAACACUGUAAUUAUAAUGCUUGCUUUUGUGAUGUGAGUCAUCAAAUUUUAUGUUUAAAAUUCUUUUUGUGGCUCCCUCUACAUGUCUGCCUUUGCAAAUAUAUGGCUGCAUAUGGUUUGUUUGCUAGCUUCU